AAACACAAAUCAAUCGAUGUUCAAUCAACAUGGUCAAGUCCAUUGUAAUACUGCUACAUUUUCUAUGUGGACUGAUGCUGAUCAGCGCCUUGAAUCUGGAGAUGCAAAUGGAAGUUCCACAGGCAGAUCAAUUGGAAGCUAGGGAAUAUUUGGAACUGCGAAAACUACAGUCUUUGGGUCUUGAGUUCUCAAAAGAAUUUCAAGGCAUAGGUCUGAGCGAUCUGGAAAUACCCAAUGGACGUGCUCCAAGUGCACAGGAUCUGCAGUGUCUGACCGACAUGGGACUGUGGAUGCAGGGUAUCGCCUCCGGCUCAUUUUGGUCCCUCAAGAUGAUCGAUGCCUGGGGCUCGAAGCCAGCGGGUAUACUAAGCCUCAACGUCAUUGAUCUGGGUAAUUACGAGCAGUGCAUCAAGAUCAAUAAGUUGAUCAGCAGCAACCAUGAGGUGAAGGGAAAAUACUGCCUGACAAACAUACCCUUUGGCAAAAUGCUGGGUAUCAAUUCGACGGUCAUACGCAGCGUCAACUUGAAGAUUGGCGUUUGUUUUCCCGCCUCCUGCUCGGAAACCAAUAUGGAUACUUUCCUAAACCGUGUGAUUAAUCAGUUAAUUAACGUCAAUUACUCAGGAAAACUGAUCAAUGAGAACACCUGUAAUACCUCAGAGCAUGAACCUCUCACAGGUCUAACCAUAUUCACAGUCGUACUUCUCUCUGUUUUUGGAGCACUCGCUUUGCUUGCCACGUUAUACGAUUACUUUAUCUGCCAGGAUCAAACUCAAUUGCCAGCUCUGAUCAAGAUCUUCUCGGUCCGUGCAACAUCUCGAGCUCUCUUCCGUCUCACAAAUCCCAGGUCCAAUCCCAAUGUGAUCGAUUGUCUCCACGGCAUGAGGUGCAUGUCUUUGUUCUGGGUUGUCUUCGGUCAUGAGUACAUGUUUGGCUUGGUCUCUCCGAAUAUAAAUCAACUCGGUCUUCUUUACUGGCUUGAGUCGCCCUUCCAAAACAUGAUCAUUCACGGCGUAUUCUCUGUGGACACGUUCUUCUUCCUCAGCGGAUUGUUGGUGAUUAUGAUUGCUCUGCGCUCGAUGGAGAGAUCGAGGGGAAAACUAAAUAUACCCUUGAUGUAUCUACAUCGUUAUCUGCGGCUGGCUCCGCUUCUGGCUGUGGCCAUUCUGGUUUACAUGAAACUGAUGCCCCUCGUCGUGGAUGGACCCCUCGGCAAUGGGACUUUUGAGGCCAACAAACAGUGUGAAAACACCUGGUUCUGGACUCUACUCUUUGUGCAGAACUAUGCCACAAUGGACAUUUGCUUGGGACACACCUGGUACCUCGGCGUGGACAUGCAGCUGUACAUAAUAUCUCCGAUUCUUCUUAUCGCACUCUACAAGUGGGGCAAAAAGGCGGCUAUUGGAAUUGUAGUGCUGAUUGUACUGCUCUCCGUCUGGCUCUUUACAAUUAUGAUGGUCAAGGAGUAUUCCAUGUUCUUCAGGAACGGCAUUAACUCCGAAGACUCUCAGCGUUGGCUCUACUUCUCCACACAUCUGCAUGCGACGCCGUGGCUAAUCGGAGCCGUCUUUGGUUACAUUCUGCAUGUGAAUCGGGGCAAGUGCUUUAAGCUGAGUCGCCCUGUGGUCUGGACAGGUUGGUUCGUCUGCCUGGCCACCGUGUUUGCCUGCCUCUUUGCCCUGGUGCCAUAUGAUAAAUUCAAUGGUCCCAAGUUGACGCUUCUCGGGGAUGCCACGUAUUAUACGCUGACCCGACUGGCUUGGCCCUUGGCUCUCUGUUGGAUUGUCUUCGCCUGCAUGGAGGGAUAUGGCGGUAUGGCCAAUAGCUUCCUCUCCUCUCCACUGUGGCAGCCGCUCUCCAAGCUCUCCUACGCCGUCUACGUGUGGCACAUUCUCAUCCAGGAAGUGAAUGUUCGACGCACUCAAACAAGCACCUAUUUCUCCGACUACGAAAUGAUGCUCAAAUUCUGGUCGGACUUUGGUUUCACUGUACUGGUCGCCUAUGCUACCUACAUUACCAUUGAGGCGCCUCUAGGUGGCUUGGAAAGUCUUCUUCUUUCCACCCGCAAAUCCACUCCUAAUCCUAGUCCGGCUGCCAAGGAAGUUCGAGAGAUUGUCACAGAGAAGUCUUCGGUAUUAGACGUAAACUCUACUGAUGUGGAAGCCGCUCCAACAAUACCGACAAUAACUACUCCAACACUGAGUGCCUAAUCUUAACCUCACAAUUUAGAACUGUCCAUUCCUGGAAAUAGAACUUAAAGUAAACUUAAGUUAUGUAUAAAUUUAGCUCGUGCUCGAUUCUGACUUGGAUUUCUCAUCUUCAGGACAACUUAUUUCAUUUGACAGCUAUUUUUAAGUCUUGAGAAACCAGCCUAUCUUUAUUUUUUUUUGUAUUUUUUUAACUAUUUAUUUUAUACUAGAACAUACCCUGUAAACAGCUCU